AUGGAUGGCGUUACUCUUGGAGUUGGAAACGGUGGUGACCCUGAUCUUGAUGUUACAAGUUCGAAGAUUCAUAUAAUUUACUCGUGUAUUGCCACGUCGCCGACUACUGAACCUACGACUACUACUACUACUACUGAAUUGACAACAACAACUGAGCCCACUACUACUACAACAACAACACCAACAACUACAACUACCACAACAACCACUACUUCCACCACAACAACCACAACACCAACAACCACAACUACCACAACUCCAACAACAACAACUACUACAACACCCACUACCACAACAACCACAACUCCAACUACUACAACUACCACAACAACAACGACGACCACAACUACAACUACUACAACACCAACUACUACUACCACUCAAACUCCUUGUAAUCCAGAUGCGAUAAAUUAUGGAAUGGGAGAUGGUGGCACUCCAGAGGUAGCCGUUGACGUCGACUAUACCAAUGUUGUAUCAACAACCGACACAACAACUGGAGUUGUUACUACUACAAUGACAGUAACCUGCUCUGCAAUCAACGGCUACAAUGUAUACAUGAUAUUCAACAAUGGACAGGGUGGACCUGCAGACAACCAAAACAUGCCUCAGACGAUAUCUAUUUCGUUGAGUUGCACUUCGGAUACAAUGGUCUGGAACUACAUUGUCACUAUAAACGGUGUCACAUAUACUCGAGCAGUGACUGCAGUUGAUUGUCAACAGGCAAUGAAUGCUGGAAAAUAG